GUCACAGUUUGAAAACAAAGUAACAUUUGUAAAUGGAGUAAGAGGAGGAAUGAUUUACUCUGCCAAUCACACAAAAAGAAGUGUUCAACUACUACUCCCACCAGGUGCCAUCAAGCUGUUUGGACAUUGCGUCCUCACCUUAUCCCUGGCACAGAUGUUAGCUGCCUUGACGAGGUAUUGCUCUACUGUGCCACACCUCAGGUACUGUACACAGCACGGCAGUGGCUGCCGGACACGUGCCGAAUCUGCUGCAGUCUUCCUGCAAGUGUACCUCACAGACAUCUGCGUGACAACCCCUUGCUCAGCACCUUCUAACACCCAAAGGUCUGAAGGCACUCUUGGCAGCGAAAUGGCUUCGGGAUAUGAUCACAGUAUUGGAUUCCGCAUGGUUGAUGAAUACCUUGCAUUAUAUUGGAGCGGUGCUUCACCUGCAAUUCCUCCGUACUUUCUCCCGUCUAAUCAAAAAAAUGCCGGCAACACGUAUUCCCAGUCAAAUGCGUCUGCAAAUAAUUUGAACUCGCAGCAGUCAAAAGCUGCAGUUUCUGGCGUGGCUGACAGCAAACCACCUUCCACAGGCUCCUGGCAAAUGAGCAUUGAUGACUUUCCUGAUGAGAUACUGAUAAAGAUCUUCUCUCACAUGUCUUUCAAUGAGCUGGUACGUGUGGUACGGAAAGUGUGUCCUCGUUGGAAAAGGCUGUCGCAGGAUUCGGAGUUGUGGGCUGACAAAGAAUACCAUAUCGGUUCUGAUACAACUGACAAGGAGGCGAUACAGACGUUCAACGACGUCCCGAACCUGCGUCACGUGAGCAUGCAGCGCAGUGCUACAUCCCGCGUCUUUCGUGCUCUCUACAACGGAUGCCCCAAACUCUUGGAGCUGCACCUGCAUGUCACCCAGGAGCUCAGCUACUCAGUGUUGAAGAACUUGGUUGAGAAGUGCUCCAAAAUACAAAAGCUGAGGAUAUCCAAUGAAUUGCUGAAGUCUGAGAAAUUUUCAGAGGCAGUGUCACAACUGCAGCAUCUCCGUGUGUUGAAUCUGGAAGUACACUUUGCUGAAAGCACUCCUGUGUUGCGACCUUUGGGUGAUGGAUGCCCACAACUAAGCGAGGUUGACUUCGGAUUCUCAGUUCUCGAUAUGGAUGAUCUGAGGUACUUCCUGAAUGCCAAGAGGAACACCCUGAAGGCCAUAUGCAUAAAGUGUGCUGUGGUUGGAAGAAAGUCUGUCCUGCCAUUAUUGACUGUCUGUGCUGACAGCUUGGAACGUCUGCAACUUUUCUAUUUCUACAUAGUCCACGAUGGAGCGAGGCAGGCAUUUACUGCUGUGGGGCAGCUGAAGAACUUGAAGGAACUUAAGAUGCCGAUGCUUGAACCGUUACCACCUGGCGUAGCUUCUCUGGCAUUUACCACUGGUGGGCUACCAAAACUGAGAGUGCUGGAUCUACGAGAAGGGUUUGGCCUGGACGAUGAGACGUUAAUUGCCAUAAGCCGCGGCUGCCCUGCUUUGCGGAAACUCAUUGUCAGAAACGGUCGGCUGUUAACUGAUGUUGCUUUCUCCGAGAUCUACCGUCUGGAAUAUCUUGAAACACUGGACGUGUCGGGCUGUACAGGUCUUGUCGGAGCCCUAAUCCCCUACCUCACUGGACUACACCGACUUCAGACUUUAAUAAUGGAAGACAUGGAGUUUCAAGAGUUGCAACCAGGUCUGAGCAGUAUUGUCGAACUAACAAGUUUGCGCUGCCUGACACUAUGCUAUUCUUUUGUUACUGGAGUGCCGUUUGACAAGUUUCCAGGAAAACUUGUCAAUCUCAGGCAGCUGAGAAUCCGAGGGUGUCAGGGUGACCCUAGAUCCAUUGACGGGCUGGAAGAGCAGAUGCCCAAUCUUAAAAUCUACGGCAACUUUGAAGCGGAUGAACCGUCUUAUCUCAUGGAAGAUCACAAGCAUGACGCGGAUCUUGCAGAAAAUGAAGAGAACGUGGAGCCUAACGCUGCAGACAGAGCGCAGGAUGGAACUUCGGAGAAUGACAGAGACAGUGAUGCUGAUAGUAUCAGUAGCAGUGAUAGUGAGAGUUACAAUAAUAUUUGGGAUGAAAGCAGCAUAUCUGUCCUUUUCUCAGAGGAUAUGUAAAAGUGAUAUGCUAUUUAUAUGGGAAUAUGAAUCUCAGUACCGAAUCAAACACCUGAAACUCCAGGUUGGAAUUUCAACAGUAUUAGGAAAAGAUAGAUUGCUACUCACUGUAAAGGUGAACCAUUGAGAUCCAGAUAGGCACAAUGAAAAAACUGUUGCACCUUAUAGUGCUCAGCCAAAGCCUUCGUCACAAAACACACACACACACACACACACACACACACACACACACCUAACCUCAUACAGACAUUGAACACUACCACUGGUAGUGCUGGCCAGAAUCUACAUCUACAUCAUUACUGGCCAGAAUCUACAUCUACAACAUUACUCUGCAAUUCACAGUUCAGUGCUUGGCAGAGGGUUCAUCAAACUACUUGUAAGCUGCUUCUCUACUAUUCCAUUCCCAGAGAGUGCACAGGAAAACCGAACACAUAAAUCUUUCUGUGUGAGGUCAGAUUUCUCUUGUUGUAUUAUGAUCAUCAUUUCUCCCGAUGUAGGUGGGUGCCAACAAGAUAUUUUCACACUCUGUGGAGAAAGUUGGUGCUUGAAAUUUCAAGAGAAGGUCCUAUCACAGUGAAAAAUACCUUUAUAUGUACUAAGAUGGUAUCUGUUCUUUCGGACAUGUCCGAAAGAACAGAUGGCAUCGGUGACCAUGCAGCUCGUUAGAAUGAAAUUACAAUGAAAUGAACACCUUUAGCUGCU